UUGGGCCUGGCUGGGCCCAGCCGGAGCCUCCUGCCGCCUGGACCGACCGAGCGGGGAGAGCGCCCCCUCCCCGCGGGCCCAGCCCAAGCCCAAGCCCGGCCCCGCCUGGCCAUGGGCAACGCGGCCACGGCCAAGAAGGGCGGCGAGAUCGAGAGCGAUUGACCCUUCUGGGGAACCGUAGGCCAAGUGCAGAGGAGGCCACAUUCUAGACUGGCAAGAUGGAGGCUGGAGUGAAGGAGUUUCUAGCCAAAGCCAAAGAAGAGUUCCUCAAGAAAUGGGAAAACCCAUCACAGAACACUUCCAGCCUGGACCACUUCGAGCGGCUCAAGACCCUGGGUACAGGCUCAUUUGGGCGGGUGAUGCUUGUGAAGCACAAGGAUACUGGCAAUUACUUUGCCAUGAAGAUUCUCGACAAGCAAAAAGUUGUCAAACUGAAACAGAUUGAGCACACCCUCAAUGAAAAGCGCAUACUCCAGGCUGUGAACUUCCCAUUCCUUGUCAAGCUAGAGUAUUCUUUCAAGGAUAACUCGAAUCUGUACAUGGUGAUGGAAUAUAUCCCAGGUGGUGAGAUGUUCUCCCACCUACGACGGAUUGGCAGGUUCAGUGAACCUCAUGCCCGGUUCUACGCCGCUCAGAUUGUGCUGACUUUUGAGUACCUGCACUCGCUAGAUCUCAUCUACCGAGACUUGAAGCCUGAGAACCUCCUCAUUGACCAGCAGGGCUACAUUGAGGUGACAGAUUUUGGCUUUGCCAAACGAGUGAAAGGUCGAACAUGGACCCUUUGUGGAACUCCAGAAUAUUUGGCUCCCGAAAUAAUUCUAAGCAAGGGUUAUAACAAAGCUGUGGACUGGUGGGCCCUGGGUGUCCUAAUCUACGAGAUGGCAGCUGGCUACCCUCCAUUCUUUGCAGACCAGCCAAUUCAGAUCUAUGAGAAGAUUGUCUCUGGGAAGGUUCGAUUCCCAUCUCACUUCAGCUCGGACCUGAAGGACCUGUUGCGUAACUUGCUCCAGGUGGACCUCACCAAACGCUUUGGCAACCUGAAAAAUGGAGUCAACGACAUCAAGAACCACAAGUGGUUUUCCACCACCGAUUGGAUUGCCAUCUACCAGCGGAAGGUGGAAGCUCCCUUUAUACCAAAGUGCAAAGGAGCUGGAGACACGAGUAACUUUGACGACUACGAGGAGGAGGAGAUCCGGGUGUCCAUCACCGAGAAGUGCGCCAAGGAGUUUGCAGAUUUUUAGGGCCAGCUCCCUUCGCAGGCCACUUGCUUUGUGUGCACAGGAA